UUGUAUCAGCUGCAAACGAAGCUUGAAAUAUUUACAAAAUUCCAAAAAACUAAACAUUAUGUACUAAUAUUAUAACCACUGACAGUAAAUGUUACUCGUGAUUUUAUGAAAUGAUAAUGCUUCCAUUUUUGGCAUGCACUGCUUUUUUAGAUUUAAAAGUUACAUACAAACAUUGUAGUUAUCUGGGCAUUUUAUUCGUAAUAGUAUCUCGAAGGUUUGUUAUUGAAUGACGUGUAAUGUUUCCAACGGCGAAUACUGAAGAUAUUACACAGGUCACGUCACUAUCAGAGAAACAUAGUACGGAUAGCGAUGCACAAAACUCUUCCGAAAAUUCGCAAGUUUCAUUACAACAAAAUAACAGGGAGUUAACAUUAAAUAUGUUACUCAAAGAGAUGGUAUUCUGCGUCACCCUUGCGCUUACUACUUAUGGAGCUUUGCAUAAUACAUCUACAAAAGUGUCCAAGCACCCACAGGCAUAUAAAUUCUUUGGACCAGAGUCUGUUGUUACUGACUGGUACAAAGGGGAGUUGAGCAGUGCCAUUAACAAAGUCAAUAAUGUAGAUGUUUCAUUUGUUAUGUAUUAUGCUCCUUGGGAUGCUGAAUCUCAAUAUGUAAGGGGAGAGUUUGAAAAAACGGCUAUGGUCUUAAAAGACAGAGUACAUUUUGCUGCAAUUAACUGUUGGAAUCCUGGUAGUGAAUGCAGGCUGUUACACAAUAAGAUACCAUCAUGGCCCAUUUUAAUUGUGUAUACUGUAAACACCAAAGGAAUAUUUUAUAAAGGGCCAAAAGAUACAUACAGCAUGUUGAACUUUUUAGAAUUAAUAAUGAAGCCCCUAAAGAGAGUGUCAUCAACCCAAGAUUUAAUUAAUUUAUUGUCUAUGUGUGAUGCAGUAGCAGUGGGCUACACUCCAUUAGCAGAUACAUCAAAAUAUUACAACAUAUGGUACAAUGUUGCCCUUAAAAUUCGGGAAUAUGAUACUGUAGGAGAAAUAUGCUUUGCAGCGGUAACAUCUGAAGAUCUAUCGGCCGAUCUUGGUGUAGAUAUCGUUCCUAAUGCACGGUUGAUGUUGUGGAAUGAUACAAAGGAAUACAUUUCGGAAGAUGCUAAUAUUCAAGUAUGGAAUGAAUCAAGUCUCAUGAAUUGGGUAUUGGAGAAUUUUGCACAACCAGUGGCGAGAAUUAUUCCCAUGUGGAAGAAGUCGUUCAGUUUCGGAAGAUAUGUUGAUGGAAAUCCGAUUUUGAUAUUGUUUACUCCAAUGAAUCCUUUGUAUGAACAGCAGCCCUCAUAUGCUUUGUUACGCGAGGUGGCCAUGGAAUAUUACAACUGCAACAACAGAAACUACAGCGGUUCAUGGACAACGGAACUAAUUAAACUACAACAUAUACAACGUAUUUUAUAUCAGCAGAAAAACUUUACGAAAUUUUGUGAAGAGUACAAAUUUAAGAGACGUCUAACAAAAUCGAAUAGUUACCACCGGAAGGACAUCCAGUCGCAUAACUACAAGUAUCCGUGGACGAAUACAACACAGAAUCCCCAGAGAGGGAACGCGUUCAGUUUCCUCGGAAAACGCGGUCUUGAUAUUACCAAAGCUGCGAACAGCGGGGACGAUCACCACUUGUUUAGCUCGUUGGGAAUGUUGCACGAGUGCAGUCCGAGCAUGAUGUCGACGGCAGACAAAAGUUUCUACGGAACCCACGAACAGUGUCAGUCGAACGAAGAUAUUUUUAAUUGUGAUGAAGAAAUAGACGAAAACUUAGAGCGAGUACCAACAUCAAUGCUCCCGGACGAAGAUGAUCCUUUAUCGCCAGAAAAUCUCGUACAAGACAACGUGAAACAUUUCUGUAGAUUAAUGAAGUUUGCAAACGGUCACAGUCCGCCAUUAUAUUUCUCAAUGGAUCCCGAGGAAGAACGUAAUGUAACUCGUAUAGAAGGAAUGUCGUGCGCGAAUAACUUUAGCCUGUACAUAUUGGCUGUUGACAGCAUACGAAAUCAUCAUUUCGCCGAAUCGCUCGGCGUGAACAUAACGAAUAAAAAGGACAUGACUUCGGCCGUUAUAUUGGAUAGUAAGGUACAUAUUCCUAGUAAGGUUUUUAUACAAUAUUUGAUAAGGACCAUAUUGUUAUUAAAUAAAGGUCUUAGUUACCAGGUCAUAAAAUUCUUUAAAAAACCUGCGCAGGUGACGGUGGUGGCGAUCUGCGGCGGCGCGUGCGGUGCGGUGACGAGCCGCGCCGUGGCGGAGGGCGUGCGGCUGCUGCGUGCGUGCGGGCUGGCCGCGCGCGCCGCCCGCCUGGACGCGCUGCGGCACGACCUGCCCUACCACUACACCGUCGACAAGUACCCCACUAUAUUCGUGUUCUCCGCCGACAGCAACAGAGUAGAGGCAGAGAGCGCGGUGUAUCCCGCAACACAGCGGGUGUGCGCGGGCGGUGUGGCCGCACUGGCGCUGCGGACGCGCCCCGCCCCCAUACACGCGCGACUCGCACUAGCGCUCUGCGCAACCGUCGCUACUAACAUAGAAAAGAACAAGUGUCUGAAGGAAAUCAGGGAACACAUAACCGCAUUGAUCGGAAGGAACUUGAAGUACUGGCGGCGAACUGUGAACGAACUGCUGAAGGGGGCGCUCUUUAAAAGAUUACAGCACUUGCAUCAAGUCUCAUUGAAGAUUAACCUGAUCCACAUAACUGAUCUCAGCGAGAACAGCAUAAAACAGACGUCACUUGUAGAUUCACUUGUCGCUUUAUCAAAAAAUUGGGAAAUAGAUGAAACGAUUUUAAGACGAAACGUCGCUCACUCCGCUCUGAACAGUUGAUAUUGGCCUUUUAUUAAUGUAAAUAGUGUAAAUUGCUCAUCGUAUAGUUUUAUGUACGUUUACUAUUAUUUAUUUUUCAUUCGAGAGAAAUUAAACAAGAACUGUUGACCAAAUUUGUUAUUGUUGUUUUUUUUUU